AUGUCUUCUCCCCCAAUCAAUGUGCCUGGCUGGCAGAUCACCGUCGGCAUCAUUCUGUCGCUCACAUUCAUCAUAAUCAUCGAGAAGAUCUAUAGGAUCCACGUCAACAUCAGCAAGGGAGACACCAUGGCCGCUUUCCCUGGCUGGGCUCAGAUCCUUGGUCCAGGCGAAACCCAGGCCGCUCUCCUUUAUCGCUGGAUUGAUGCACACCGGACUCUACAUCAACCUCAGCCAACGGCAUCCACACCCGCUCCUGCUCCCCAGAUGAGCCCAAGCACUGCCCAGCAGUCCGGGUAUAUCAGUUCUUUGAAGUCGAAGCAGCUGAUGGUGGACGCUAAUUGA